AUGGUCUUUUCGAGGCUCUUCCCGAGCGAGAAGUCGGGCGGCGCGGAUUCGACUGUCCGCGCUGACCCCGAGGCCAGCGACUCUGAGCCGUCCAUCAUCCACGAUGGCGAUCUCGCGUACACCAGGGUCAAGGGAGGCAACGGCUCCAAGCCGUCGUACCAGGAGGCUGUCGGUGCUCCUGUCGAAGCUGAUUCCCCGUUGGGGUACCAUGUCAAUUGGGUGGCCAUUAUUUUCCUGAAUAUCAAUAUGAUGGUUGGGACUGGUGUCUUUUCUACUCCUGCGAGUAUCCUCAACAGAACGGGGUCAAUUGGGCUCGCCUUGAUGUACUGGGUGAUUGGCUUCCUCAUGGCCUCGGCCGGUUUCAGUGUCUAUCUUGAGUUGUCCAGUUACUUCCCCAACCGCAGCGGUUCGGAAGUCGUCUACUUGGAGCAGCAGUACCCCCGCCCGAAGCACUUCUUCCCCGUUGCUUUCGCGGUCCAGUCGGUGAUUCUGUCGUUCAGCAGCAGUAAUGCAGUCGUUCUGUCUCGAUACCUGUGGAGAAUGGCUGAUAUUACGCCAUCGGAAUGGCAGAUGCGAGGCGUCGCUAUCGCAGCUUACACCCUGGCCGUCAUCUGCGUCCUCGCACACAACAGAUAUUCCCUCUGGCUUGUGAACUUCAUCGGCGUUCUGAAGCUUCUCACCCUUGUCUUCAUCUCCAUAGCAGGCCUGGUAGUCCUAGGCGGCAACGUCAAACACAUACCCGACCCAAAAGCAAACUUCCGCAACGCCUUCGAAGGCACAACCAGCAACGGGAACGACCUCUCCAACGCCCUCGUCAGCAUCAUCUUCUCGUACGCUGGCUACUACAACGCCUUCAACAUGACCAACGAGAUCAAGAACCCGAUCCCCACGCUCAAGAAGAACGGCAUCAUUUCGUUGCUGACGGUCGCCAUCCUCUACAUGCUCUGCAACAUUGCCUAUUUCGCGGCCGUGCCGAAGGCCGAGUUCAAGGGCGCGAGCGAGAUUGCGGCCGCGGUGUUAUUUUCAAAGUUGUUUGGCGGGAGCAAGGCUGCUGCGAAUGUGUUGAAUUUCUUGGUCCUGUUGAGUGCUUUUGGGAAUUUGUUGGCUGUGUUGAUUGGAUCUUCGCGUAUGAUUCGUGAGAUUGGCCGACAAGGUGUUCUUCCAUUCACCAACUUUUGGGUUUCGACUAAGCCCUUUGGAACUCCAUUGGGUCCGUACAUGUUGAAGUGGACAAUGACCUUCAUCAUGAUCGUCGCGCCCCCUGCUGGCGAUGCCUUCUCUUUCGAUGCAGUCGUCGAUCUGGCUAGCUACCCCAGCGCAAUCUUCAACUUCGCCAUGACCUUCGGCGUCUUCGUCCUCAGACGACGUCGUCAGCGCUCCGGUAUCAGUCGCUCCGAGUUCCGCGCCUGGGACUUUGUCGUCCUCUUCUUCCUCGCCAUCCAAGUCUUUGUCUUGGCGAUGCCGUGGUGGCCGCCAAAAGGUGGCCCGUACGCGGGAAGCGUCAGCUUUUGGUACGCCACGUAUUGCGUCGUGGGUAUUGGAAUCAUCCUUCUCUGCAUUCUGUACUACGUCUUCUGGAUGUAUGUACUCCCUCGCUGGUUGGGAUACGAGAUCCGCACGGAGAUUGUCGAGGUCGAUUCCAACGGCGCCAACACGCAUCGCCUGGUCAGAGUUCCCAAGGCCGAAGUUGCUGCGUGGGAUGAGGUGCAUGACGAGGCUGGCAAUUUGAGGCGGCGACACGUUACUACCGAGCUUGAUUCGGGCAACUCCAAUGAGAAGGGGCUUUGA